ACUACACUUCCCAGCGAUCCCAGGGAAAAGCGAAAACCCUUUGGCUUUGACAGCCGCUGCCACAAGUCUUUCCGUCUCCCCAGGCUGCCUGGGAGCUGGGAGCGGGAUUAUGGUGGCCUGAGCAGCAAACGCAGCCGUAGGAGCCCGGAGCCCCUGACCCUUCCCCUGCUGCCGCCCCACCGGGAGGACCAGGAAAGCAGCCUCCGACCUGCCAUGCCCGCCCCGCCCAGCCCCCCGGGGGGCCCGAGCCGGCCUCUCCCGGACCUCCAUUGAGGUUGGACCGCUGGCCAGAUGUAGCCAGGCUCCGGAUCCGUCUCCUCCCCUCCUGUCUCUCUGUGGAUCUCUCCUGCCCACUCCCCACAGCCUGGACCCAGGGCUGGCCGAGGGGCCUGCAGGCGCUGAAGCCCUGAUGCCUCACCGCUCACUCUCCUGAGAAGCCACCUCCAGCACCCAGAGUUGGGGUCAGGCCACAGGGACGGUCGCGGGCUGGAGUGAGCCCAGAGCGCCCCAAGGCCAGGGCCCACCAUGGCCCAAGCGCUGCCCUGGCUCCUGCUGUGGAUGGGCUCCGGGGUGCUGCCUGCCCACGGCUCCCAGCCUGGCAUCCGGCUGCCCCUGCGAAGCGGGCUGGGGGGCGCCCCCCUGGGGCUGCGGCUGCCCCGGGAGACCGACGAGGAGCCCGAGGAGCCCAGCCGGAGGGGCAGCUUUGUGGAGAUGGUGGACAACCUGAGGGGCAAGUCCGGUCAGGGCUACUACGUGGAGAUGACCGUGGGCAGCCCCCCACAGACGCUCAACAUCCUGGUGGACACAGGCAGCAGUAACUUCGCAGUGGGGGCCGCCCCCCACCCUUUCCUGCACCGCUACUACCAGAGGCAGCUGUCCAGUACAUACCGGGACCUCCGGAAGGGCGUGUAUGUGCCCUACACCCAGGGCAAGUGGGAGGGGGAGCUGGGCACCGACCUGGUGAGCAUCCCCCAUGGCCCCAACGUCACCGUGCGUGCCAACAUCGCUGCCAUCACUGAAUCAGACAAGUUCUUCAUCAAUGGCUCCAACUGGGAGGGCAUCCUGGGGCUGGCCUACGCUGAGAUCGCCAGGCCUGACGACUCCCUGGAGCCAUUCUUUGACUCGUUGGUAAAGCAGACCCACGUGCCCAAUCUCUUCUCCCUGCAGCUCUGUGGUGCUGGCUUCCCCCUCAACCAGUCGGAAGUGCUGGCCUCAGUUGGAGGGAGCAUGAUCAUCGGGGGUAUCGACCACUCGCUGUACAUGGGCAGCCUCUGGUACACACCCAUCCGGCGGGAAUGGUAUUAUGAGGUGAUCAUUGUGCGGGUGGAGAUCAAUGGACAGGAUCUGAAAAUGGACUGCAAGGAGUACAACUAUGACAAGAGCAUCGUUGACAGCGGCACCACCAACCUUCGUUUGCCCAAGAAAGUGUUUGAAGCUGCUGUCAAAUCCAUCAAGGCAGCCUCCUCGACGGAGAAGUUCCCAGACGGUUUCUGGCUCGGGGAGCAGCUGGUGUGCUGGCAAGCGGGCACCACCCCGUGGAACAUUUUCCCGGUCAUCUCACUCUACCUGAUGGGUGAGGUCACCAAUCAGUCCUUCCGAAUCACCAUCCUUCCACAGCAAUACCUGCGGCCAGUGGAAGAUGUGGCCACGUCCCAAGACGACUGUUACAAGUUCGCCAUCUCUCAGUCAUCCACGGGCACUGUCAUGGGAGCUGUUAUCAUGGAGGGCUUCUACGUUGUCUUUGAUCGGGCCCGGAAACGAAUUGGCUUUGCUGUCAGUGCUUGCCAUGUGCACGAUGAGUUCAGGACAGCAGCGGUAGAAGGUCCUUUUGUCACCCUGGACAUGGAAGACUGUGGCUACAACAUCCCCCAGACAGAUGAAUCGACCCUCAUGACCAUAGCCUAUGUCAUGGCUGCCAUCUGCGCCCUCUUCAUGCUGCCCCUCUGCCUCAUGGUGUGUCAGUGGCGCUGCCUCCGCUGCCUGCGCCAUCAGCAUGAUGACUUUGCUGAUGACAUCUCCCUGCUGAAGUGAGGAGGCCCACGGGCAGAAGAGAGAGAUCCCCCUGGACCACAUCUGGUGGUUCGCUCUGGUCACAAGGAGGAGACACAGACGGCACCUGUGGCCAGAGCACCUCAAGACCCUCACCCACCCACAAAUGCCUCUGCCUUGACAGAAAAGGAAAAGCUGGCAAGGUGGGUUGCAGGGACUGCACCUGCAGGAACCAGGAGAGGGAAGAAAGAAGUGCUCUGAUGGCGGGAAUACUCUUGGUCACCUCAAACUUGAGUUGGGAAAUUCUGCUGCUUGAAACUUCAGCCCUGAACCUUCGUCCACCAUCCCUUUAGAUUCUCCAACCCAAAGUAUUCUUCUCUUCUUAGUUCCAGAAGUAAGGUGACCGCAGUGUGUGUCUCUGCAGUACCCUAGCAGAGAAAAGGGCCAAUCUUGUUUCCCUGCUGGCCACAGUCAGCGGGAACGGACGCACCGUUUGCUGUUUGCUUUAGAGAUAGGGACUGUACAGACAAGCCUAUAACAUUGGUGCAAAGACUGCCUCUUGAAUUAAAAAAUAAUUUAAAAAUAA